AGGUGCAUCCUUUUGGAUAUGCGACGCUCUUGAAUUCAUCUAUAGUCAUCCAGAGUGAAGAUGUUUCCAGCACGUUCUUUCCUACAAGCACUUUGCACUUCCUCGCGGAGACCUACUUCGAUCCGGCAGUUAUCUGCUAUUGCGAGAACACUUGAAGUGCGAAUUCCAAAAAAGUUCCUGAAAAGUAACAAAGGUAUUUUAACCGUCAGUACACGGACAUGCUUUCAUCCUGGUGCGAGUACGUUAGUGCCUAUGCAGGCGCGUACCGAGCUCAGCGGGUGGCAGGUUAUCCGACAUUUAGUUCAUUUUGUAUGGCCAAAAGGAAACAGAGCUAUCAAGAGGCGAGUGCUGGUCGCACUGUGUCUCCUAAUUGGCGCCAAACUUGCAAACGUUUCCGUGCCGUUCCUAUACCGUGAUGCUGUCAACUUUUACAACGAUAAGGCUCCUACUUUCUUGCGACUCACAUUUGACACGGUGCCCAAUGCCAUUCUUACAACUGGAGUUUGCAUCAUUAUAGCUUAUGGUGUGACAAGAGCGGCAUCUUCUUUAAUGAACGAGUUGAGAAAUGCAGUUUUUGCUAAGGUGGCACAAAACUCAGUAAGACAAAUAGCGAGAAAUAUUUUCCUUCAUCUACAUAAUCUCGACUUAUCUUUCCACUUGAACCGUCAGACUGGUGCUCUUUCCAAGGCAAUAGAUCGUGGUACAAGAGGUAUGAGUUUUGUUUUGGCGUCGCUGGUGUUCAACGUGAUCCCUACCGCGGUAGAAAUUUCAAUGGUAUCUGCUAUCUUCUGCGGUUCUCUCGGUCCUGAAUUUGCUUAUAUGACUUUGGGAAGUGUAGGAAUGUAUGCAACGGCUACACUGGCUAUCACUCAGUGGCGAACGAAAUUCCGCCAUGAAAUGAAUCAAGCUGACAAUGAUGCCGGUAAUAAAGCAGUGGAUUCACUUAUUAAUUAUGAAACAGUCAAGUAUUUCAACAAUGAGGAGUUCGAAGCGGAUCGAUAUGAUUACUAUUUGCAAAAGUUCGAGCGUGCGUCACUGAAAACGACUUCAUCGCUAGCUUUAUUGAACUUUACUCAGAAUGCUAUAUUCUCUGCUGGUCUGAUUGGUGUCAUGUAUUUGGCGGCACAUAAAAUUGCCGCUGGUGAAGCCACUGUUGGUGAUCUGGUUCUUGCGAACACGUUGCUUUUCCAGCUCUCCAUACCACUCAACUUUUUAGGUUCUGUUUAUCGAGAAGUUCGCCAAGGAUUGGUUGAUAUGAACACCAUGUUCUCGCUUCUACAUUUGAAAGCGAAGAUAGUUGAAAAGCCAAAUGCAAAGGAUCUUGUUGUUAGCGGAAAUGACAUCAAUAUCAAAAUAGAAAAUGUGCAUUUCGGUUAUUUACCACAGAAACCUAUUCUUAAUGGUUUGACCAUGGAAAUACCGGCUGGCAAAAAAGUGGCUGUUGUUGGAGGGUCAGGUUCGGGGAAGUCAACGCUCGUUCGUUUGCUCUAUCGAUUGUACGAUGCUGACAGCGGUAAUAUCAUCAUCAAUGGAAUUGAUAUUCACGACCUCAAGCUCCUCUCACUGAGGAAAAUAAUAUCAGUCGUGCCUCAGGAUUCUGUGCUGUUCCAUGAUACAAUCUACUAUAAUCUCGCAUAUGGCAAUCCUCAUGCUAGCCGCGAAGAAGUCAUAGAAGCGUCCAGGCUGGCAGAUCUCCACGACUCGGUGGAGCGGAUGCCAGAGGGAUACGACACUCUUGUUGGUGAACGUGGACUGAAGUUAUCAGGCGGAGAAAAACAACGCGUCGCCAUCGCUCGUGCUAUAUUAAAGGAUGCACCUCUAAUUGUCUAUGAUGAAGCGACCUCUUCACUGGAUGCAAUAACGGAGGCAAACAUAAUGCGCGCGUUAAAGGAAGCAGUGCAGCAAAGAACAUCCCUUUUCAUUGCUCAUCGUUUGGCAACGAUUGUUGACGCGGACAUUAUAUAUGUUUUGGACAAAGGUCGUGUAGCAGAAUGUGGUCCACAUUCUGAAUUGAUUCUCAAAGGUGGACUUUAUGCCCAACUUUGGAACAGUCAAAACCGCCUUGGAGUUGUGCCGCCGAAGGAAGUGAAGAAAUACACACCAGAGCAAGCAAUGUUGGAUUUGGAGGAUCCUGACAAAUGCUGUGGUAACUCGAGCUGCAAUCGAUGA